GGCGGUUCGAGUUCCCCACCUGAAGGGCCAAGACGAAGGAGCCGAGGGGAGGGGUGGGGAAAAGGAGAGCAAGACCGGAAAGAAGCGGAGGAAAUCGGAGAGAGCGAGGGAGCUGCACGGUAGUCCACCUGCUGCUACUGGGCGAGAGCGCCUGGAGAAUGUCGUUUUGGGGUGUGGUUGUGUGAGGGAGGCACACACAGAGAGAGAGAGGGAGAGGAACAGUGUUUGCGAGAGAGAAAGACGUAGUUGAUUAGCUGUUUUUCUCCUCGCGAGGUCUUUCUCCCACCGCCAGCGAGCAGCCGGUGUCGCCGCGCGGUUUCCAUUCCCCUCUCUUCUCUCUUUUUGACACUUUUUGUAACGCACGCAGUGAUCUUCUCCCGCCGGUCGACGGGUAUCAGUCAGAGCUCGUCGCCGCCUUCUCCCUCUUAUCUUACUAUUAAACCCUUCUUCCCUCCCCUCUCACUUGCCUCCCCCUCCCCUUUUCCACUUUCUUGGUUCCCCAUCGCCGAGCGCAUCGCGGCGCAACUUCGACCUUCUCCUACGUUGGCAUCCCCGUGGCGGCCAUGGAUUCUCGCGGGCGGGGUCGUGGGCUGCACGUCCUUCCCGGUCAUGCUGUCGUCGCAGCUCUUCUCGUCAUUUUUGCGGCCACAAUUCCGAUGACGAUGGGGGCGCCAGCGGGCGCUCGCUCGUUGCUCGGCGCGAAGGACCACUCGUACAGCGAUCAUGAUGCGGUUCCCCUUUAUGCGAAUAAGAUUGGUCCGUUCCACAACCCUAGCGAGACGUAUCAUUACUACGAUUUGCCGUUCUGCCAGCCGUUCGGAAAGAAGAAGUACAAGCCGGAAGAUCUGGGUGAGGUGUUGGAAGGAGAUAGGAUGGUGAACACGAUGUACGACCUGCCCUUCAACAUCGACAAGGGGGAGGAGAAACUCUGCACCGUGCAGCUUACGAGGAGCGACGUUGGCAAAUUCCGCCGUGCCGUGAGAGACGAUUACUACUUCCAGAUGUUCUACGACGACCUUCCUGUGUGGGGUUUCGUAGGUCGCGUCGACACCAACGGAGUGGAGCCGCGGUACUACCUGCACACGUUCUUCAACUUCCAAGUGGAAUUCAACAAGGACCGAGUCAUAUAUAUCCAGGUGACACCGGACAAGGAGAAAGAGGUGGAUAUCACCGAAGAUGCGGCGAAGGAGGUAACUUUCAAGUACGCCGUGAGAUGGAUCCGAACCGAUGCUCCGUACGAGACCCGUAUGGACAAGUACGCCAAGUACUCUUUCCUGCCUCAGCAUCUUGAAAUCCACUGGUUUUCCAUUAUCAACUCCUGCGUGACGGUGCUCUUACUCACUGGCUUUCUCGCGACCAUUCUCAUGAGGGUCUUGAAGAACGACUUCAUCAAGUACACUCGCGAAGACGAAGCGGCCGAAGAUCAGGAUGAAACGGGCUGGAAGUACAUCCAUGGCGACGUGUUUAGGUUUCCGGCGCACACCAACCUCUUCUGCUCGGUGAUUGGCUCCGGCACGCAGCUCUUGGCCAUGGUGCUGUGCAUCUUCGGCCUGGCUUUGAUUGGUGUGUUCUAUCCGUAUAACCGCGGCGCGCUGUACACGGCGUCGAUUGUACUAUACGCGCUGACUUCGGGAAUCAACGGCUACGUGUCGGCUUGCAACUACAAGCAGAUGGGGGGAGAGAACUGGGUGAGGAAUGUUAUGCUGGCGGCAUCGCUGUACUGCGGACCGUUCUUCGCCGUGUUCGCGUUCUGCAACACGGUGGCUAUAGCUUAUAGCUCGACGGCGGCGCUGCCUUUCGGGACGAUAGUCAUCAUCCUGAUCAUAUGGGCGCUGGUCACUUUCCCCUUGACCGUGCUCGGAGGCAUUGCAGGGAAGAACACGAAGACGGAGUUCUACGCGCCGUGCAGAACGAACAAAUUCCCGAGGGAGAUUCCGCCGCUGCCGUGGUACCGCCAGACGAUUCCGCAGAUGGCCAUGGCGGGAUUUCUGCCGUUCAGCGCAAUCUACAUCGAGCUGUACUAUAUCUUUGCGAGUGUGUGGGGGCACAAAAUUUACACCAUCUACAGCAUUUUGUUCAUUGUAUUCAUCAUUUUGAUUGUCGUGACCGCGUUCAUUACGAUAGCGCUGACCUAUUUCCAGCUGGCGAUAGAGGAUCAUGCGUGGUGGUGGAGGUCGGUCUUCUGCGGAGGCUCCACCGCGUUCUUUAUCUUUGGCUAUUGCUUUUACUACUAUCUUGCAAGGUCCGACAUGAAGGGAUUCAUGCAGACCUCCUUCUUCUUCGGCUAUAUGGCGUGCGUCUGUUAUGGGUUCUUCCUAAUGCUAGGAUCUGUUGGCUAUCGGGCGUCGCUCCUCUUUGUGCGACACAUUUAUCGGGCGAUUAAGUGUGAGUAAGUAGAGAGUGGCGGCGGCUGUAAGGCGAGGUGAUGUGAAUGAUGCCCUUAGGGUAGGUAAGUCGCACUAGUGGCUGUGGUCGUCGCUUUAGCUUUGGCUUUGGCUUCUUCUUUGCCUGGUUUUUGCCUUUGAGGGGCGCCGGUAUUUCCGAGGGCGCGCGGUGGAGGCGAUGCUGAUCGCGGUAGAUUGCCAUGGCUGCGUGGCUGGACGUACGACGCCUUGGAACAUCCAUCACCGCCUGCGUAGGGAAGUCGCUCUCGUUCUCGAUGUCCUGUUUGUGCCCUGGGCAGUUUGCUUGCUUACCCGUAACGGAGACGGGAGGGGGGGGUAAGCGUCAGGAGAGGGGUUAGGGCGAAUCAAUGAAUAAACUGGAUAGCCAAUGGUACUUGUGGGGACUUUUUCUCGUCAUUGGCGGCGGAGAAAUGGAGGUGGUGGAGUAUGUCGCACGUGGAGGACGACGGCACCGUGCUUGCUAACCUGCGGGUGCACUGCUGACCCAGCAGGUCAGCUCAAGAGUAAGUGAGAGAGCGAGUGAGUGACGGGAAGGAGAAGUUGGCAGUGGGCGGGGAGGGGGGGGGGCGGAGGGAGGAGGAGGAGGUGGGCGUCCGUCGUUUAGCAGUUCGGUGGGAGAAUAUCCAAUGGUCAGGCUGACGCAAACGCCAAACGCGUGGAGGGUAGUGACUGACUUGUGUGUUCCCUUUGCAAUUUGUCAAGCGUGUGUGAGAUAUGGACUGCGCACGCGCGCCGGAUGGCGAUUGUCCUUCUCCAUCUAUCUGGCAACAGCGACCUUGGGAAUGUUAAUCGGGUGUGUCGGUAAUUAGGUGGUGAGGAUUUUUUCUACUCCAUCCUUAUCGCUAAUUUGGUGGUUACGUUCUUGUGAACUCUGCUGGAGAUUCUGAACUCGACGUUACUCAGUUCCGUGCUGCGGGCCGUUUGUCCUUGUUGGGUAUAUGCAACUAAUCAAAGUUGUGCACGGGAAGGAAGCGCGGGGGAGGGGGGGUGGCGCGGGGGCGAUAAAGAGGGAAGGGAAGUUGCCCAUGAGUAGCAAAGCUCUCCAUGAGAGGUCAUGAAGCCACACACACACACACACAGAGAGAGAGAGAGAGAGAGAGAGAGAGAGAGAGAGAGAGAGAGAGUGAGAGGCGUUUGUGUUCAUGAGUGCAGCACAAUGUGUCGGUACGGAAUUGGGAGCUAAUUGUUUGCGACUUGGCUAUUGAUGUUCUUAAUAAACUGGUUUGUUGGUCUUUUUUUAGUCAGGCGUCGGGUCCAAUGCCAUCACUUGCCUGUGUGUUUCUGUUUUAAUCUACUUUUGUUUUUCACUCGUCGUUUUGCAAGACCGGGUUGUGUUUUUCAGCGCUUGUCUGAUGCUGCUACUAGGUCUUCCAUUUGCGGAGAUGGUUGGCGGGAGUAAGAUUGGUGAGGUGGUUUGACGAGGACUUUUAACGAACCUCCACCUUCAUAGGAGGUCUGGCAAGCAGUUUUGGUGAGUGGUCUCUCUGUUCUGUUUUUGUUCAACAACGUUUUCUCAUUAUUAUAGGGUUUAAAGCGUUGAUGGCAGUGAGGGGGUUGUCGACGAUUAUCGACUGCAGAUGGGGCCGUGUGGUACCUUUUUCAUUUCCCACUUCAUUCCCCUCAUGACUGCCUAUAUCCUAGCGAGAGAGAGGGAUCACUUUAAGACUUGUUCCGCUAGCCACCGCUUUUGCUUAGUUCAAGGCCUCAUUGGCACAGGACGAGCGGUGUGGUUCUGUCUUUUGCGGCUUCUCUGUCUCUAUGCGGGCAACGCUGACCCAGGGUUCGCUGCACUGGACACCGAGGGCCUAGUUGCACCUCUCGCCAUCCGCCAAGAUGUUGAAUGCAUCCUGCCAACACUAUGUCCAAAUGCAGUCUUGUACACAUGACACUACUCUCCUUGUCUUGUACACAUGACACUACUCUCCUUGUCUUGUACACAUGACACUACUCUCUCCGCGUAGCGAGCUGAUUGGUGUUGGAUUUUGCGGUUUUGGAUGCUGACAAGCGGGCGGGGGUGCGUUUUUGUGGUUUGUUGCCUCUGCUCGCGCAACUGCUUGUCGGGUCUCACCCUGUAGUGGCAUGGCGCUACUGACAUCGGAUUGUUGAGUGACGCAUUAAAAAAGAACGUGGGUUUGCAUGGCGUCGUGAACGUGUCUGUUGUUGAUGCGGUCCGUGUUCACCGUUGACUGCAGAUGUGAGGUAAACAAGUCUCUGGUGUGCUGUGUGUUUUAGUCGAUGUGCGAUGUGCUGGCAGGGGGUGCGGAAUGUUUUAAGGGGAGGGGAUGGAUGACCUGUGCUUCAGGUAACCGGGAAGACUUCACUUCACACACAAUUGAAGGCCUUUGCCGCUUGCUGUGAGACAGGGUAAGUGUCGCCAUGGCCAUAAGCAAGUGGAGCUGAUGGUGUUUAUCGCAGGGUGAGGAAUAUCUUUUUCUUUCGUUAUGCUUUUGUAUUGUCGGAUGUUUUGGGACUGCUGUAGACACUCAGGGCAUACUCGCACUAGGACUUUCCUGGGUGUAGGGGACCGCUUUUCCGGACCGGCGUGGAUGCACCUGACCGGAAUUACGUCCACAAGGAAGGGGAAAAAGUCCUCGUGAGUACGACCUCAGGGCGGCCGUUGUGGCUCGCAGUAGUUGGGAUCGAGCAGGUGUGCUUGUCCAUGGGCAGGGUCCACAUUGUGCUAUGCUACGCUAAGCUUAGCAUGUAGCGGCCCUGCGUUUCGAAUCGAGCAUGAGUGUUGGUAGCGCAGGCGCACAGGCGGUUGGGGCCUGUUCCUGAGGUUAACUAGAAAAAUAAGCUUCUGCUACUGCUCGUGGGAGUGCCCGUAAUCCCGCAGAUGAGUCACCGUGUACAGCUCACAAUCACGUU